GUGCGGGACGCGAUCAAGAAGCUGCCCGACGCGCCGGAGAACGCGUUCGGGCAGGUGCCUGGCGUUUGGAAGGUGCUCUGGGACGCCCAGACUGGCAGGCAGUUCCCUUCGCCGACGGCGGACCUGAGACUGAGGCCCAUCGGUUGGUCAUGCUUCGACGUGAUGCCUACAUCGGUGUCCGUCGGCUUCGUCGGGCGCUACAACCGCGUACAG